AUGGACAAAAAGCAACAUUCAAAAUCGACUGCUAGUGGAUCUUCUUCAUCAUCCACAACAAAUAAACCAAAGAAAACAUCAUCAUCAUCAUCAUCAUCAUCAACAGCAGCAUCAGUGUCAACGAUGGGCAGAAGUGCUGCGCUUCCUCAACCUGCUCGUCGAAUUAUUCAGAAUUUUCUUCUCGUCUGGCUCGAUGCUAAUAUUGACGAGUCAAAGGAAGAUUUUCAAAAUUCGUUAAAACAUUUACGACGAAUCGUAGCAUCUAUUACAACAUUCACGGAUACUCGACAAUGUUUUGAUUUUCUUAGUGGCAUUACAAAGGAAAAGGCAUUUAUGAUCGUAUCGGGUUCACUUGGACAGAAAUUUGCACCAGAAAUGGAAGCUAUACCACAAUUAGAAUCCGUGUAUGUUUUUUGUGGUAAUCAAUCUUACCAUGAACAAUGGGCUAAUAAGGUACCGAAGAUCAAAGGUGUAUACACAAAAAUUGAACCAAUUUGUAAAGCCCUAGAAAUUGAUCGACAACGAUGUGAUCAAGCUAUGAUCUCGAUCAGUUUCAAUGGUCUUGAUGCAUUAUUUAUGUACACACAACUUUUGAAAGAAGCAGUCUUAGAAAUCGAAGAUGAUGAUAAAAAAUCUAUCAAAGAUCUUGUUACAUACUGUCGUGAACAAGAAGAUAUAUCUGAAGAUCAAAUUAAACAAGUUGAAAAUGAAUAUCGUAAUCAUACGCCAAUAUGGUGGUAUACAGCCGAGACUUUUAUAUAUCCUAUGCUUAAUCAUGGUCUUCGAGUCAUGAAUGUCGAUAUCAUAAUGAAACUGGGGUUUUUCAUCCGACAUUUACACAAUCAUAUUACGAAAUUACAUCGUGAACAAGAAAACAACAUGCCAAAACAUUUUCAAGUCUUUCGGGGACAAGGUUUGUCCUCGGAAGAUUUUGAAAAAAUGAAAAAAACUAUAGGAGGACUUAUGUCCUUCAAUAAUUUUCUAUCAACAAGUCGCAAUCGCAAUAUUUCACUGGAAAGCUUUGCACGACCAGCAGCGAAGAAACCCAAUUCGGUUGGCAUUCUUUUCAUUAUGAACAUUGACACGACUAUUUGCAAAAAUUCAUUAACACCAUUUGCUGAAGCAACUUCCGAUCGAGAUAAGGCGGCAUACAAUCAUCAACUUGGCUGGGUAUAUAAUAGAAUGGGUGACUAUUCACAAGCACUUCCAUAUUACGAAAAAUCACUGGACAUCUACAAGAAAAUUCUCCCUCCAAAUGAUAUCGGUUUAGCUUCUUUCUACAACAACAUCGGUAUGGUGUAUUAUAACAUGGGCGAGUACUCGAAAGCACUUAAAUACUACGAAAAAGAUCUGGAGAUCAGUCUGAAAGCUCUCCCUCCGAAUCAUCCCGACUUGGCUACUUCCUACAACAACAUCGGUUUGGUGUAUGAUGAAAUGGGCGAGUACUCGAAAGCACUAACAUCGUACGAACGAGCACUUGAAAUCCGGAAAAUAGCUCUUCCUCCGAAUCAUCCCGACUUGGCUACUUCCUACAACAACAUCGAUCAAUUAUUUGAGCAUCAUAAUCAAAAUCAUAGUACAAAUUUAAUAAUUGGUUAUCUUAAAUUACAUGUCAAAAGAUUUCAAUCAUCAUCAAGAAAAAGUCAACGAUCAAAAACAAGAACUAGAAAUAUUGGUACAAAUGAACAACAUCUUUCAAUCAAAAUGAAUAAACAACACGAUAUUUUAGUAUAUAAAAUGAAUGAUGAAUUAUAUUCAAAAUCAAUGAUUAAUAAUGAAAAACAAACAUCAGUUGCUAAACUUGUUAAUCAAUUAUGUUUAAUGCUUGUUUGA